CAAGCGGUUGCACGGAAGUGACGUAAGCGCACAACGGGGUUUCGUUAGGGGUUGAAACUUCUAGGUCCACAGUAAAAACAUAACCUGCGUUUCAAUACCCAUACUACCAUACUAUUAAUUCUGACCGAUUUUUUUUUAGUAUGUCGCAAUAAUGCAUAGUAUGGAAAAGUAUGCUUAAAAAACACUCCAGGAUGUACUAUAUUCGGGGUUACAUUUUGCAGUAUGCAAGCCAGCAGGUUCUUUAGGCUGUUCUGCCCCAUAAUCCUAUGCGCAUGCGCACGCGCACUAGACGAUGCGCACUAGAAGAUGCGCGCGUGCUAAUCAGUGGAAUCACCUGAAGUACUGGUAUGUCCUAUUUGUGUGCAACCUGUCUGCAACAGUGCAGACUUUGUAAGGGUAGCUGCAGUAUAUACUAGUAAAAAGAUAAACUACGCGAUUUUGGAAAGACCAAAUCAAAACAAUCAGAUCUAGGCCUAUUACUUAAUAAAACAUUCCCCUAUAGGCCUACGUGUUGACGUCUAUGGAAUCAAAACAAGGCAAGAAAACAUUGAUAAGGCAAGACGCAUAUCCGCUACUUAUUGCCAGGCAAUAACUACCACGCCCACGCCGCUAACCCCACCCCCACGUCAAAAGAGGCGACAGAGUGAAAAAGCCUGUCAUACCUGUCUAAAGUGAUGCUUCCAAUGUAUUCAUGCCUUGUUGUGAGGGAUAUUUGGCCUUAAUAUGCGCUGUUAUUUCUAUCGUUUUAAUCGGCUGGUACAUCCGAGACUCCCUCAAGCUCGACAGCUUCCAUACCAAGCAUGUGUUCAUCACCGGCUGCGACAGCGGCUUCGGGAACCUGCUGGCCAAAAGUCUCGACCGUAAGGGCUUCAACGUGAUAGCCGCGUGUCUGACGGAGCAGGGCGCCUCGCAGCUCUCCUCCGGGGCCUCCCGCAGACUCAAGACGGUGCUGCUCGACGUCACCAACGCCGAGAGUGUCCGCCGCGCCGGGGAGUUUGUGAGCGCCGAAGUCGGCGAGCGAGGUCUGUGGGGGCUGGUGAACAACGCGGGACGGUCGCUGCCCCUCGGGCCCACGGACUGGCUGCAGCUGGCGGACUUCACUAAGGUGCUGGACGUCAACCUGACGGCCGUGAUCGGCGUGACGCUGGAGCUCCUGCCCCUGCUGAAGAGGGCCCGCGGCAGGGUGGUGAACGUGGCCAGCGUCCUGGGGAGAGUGGCCAUCCUGGGAGGGGGCUACUCCAUCUCCAAGUACGGAGUGGAGUGCUUCUCCGACAUCCUCAGAAUGGAGAUGUCCCACUUUGGCAUCAAAGUGUCGAUCCUGGAGCCAGGCUUCUUCCAGACCGCCGUCACCCGCCACGACCUCAUGGAGGAGAACCUCCGAGCUCUGUGGGACCGCAUUCCCCAGGACGUCCGGGACGCCUACGGGCCCAAAUACGUUGACCAAUAUCUGAAGUACCAGAAGUUCAACCUGUCGCUGAUGUGCAGCCCAGACCUCACCAAGGUGACCAGCCGCAUGGAGCACGCCCUGACGGCUCGAUACCCCCGGACCCGCUACGCCGUGGGCUGGGACGCGCGCGUCUUCUGGCUCCCGCUGUCCUACUGUCCGACCGUGGUGGCAGACUUCUUCCUCAUCCGGCUGUUCCCGACCCCGAGAGCUGUCUGAGUGGGUACACCCCCUUCCUGCGUGGAAGGUUUCUGAAUGACGCAAUCAAAGUACGGAUAAACAUUGUCUAGGAGUUAGCCAUUGUUUCAUGAUUUAUUACUGAAAAACAGCCUCCCCGGCUGAAGUAUCACAAAGUCAGCAAAGAAGAAAUGAGUUUGAUCAUGCUCAAGUUUCCUCAAAGUAGGCCUACCAUACUCUGUUAUGAAGCACUAGGUGGUAGGUCGCUCGAAAUGGACAACUUUUUGUCAUAUUUCGUACUGUCUAUUAACUAAAAUGAGGUAUAUUAAACGUGAAAGAUUAAGGAAUGAUACUUUUUGUUCAAUGAAAAAUAUAUAAUAAUGCAAUUUUAAUAAGCUAUCACGAUUAAACUAUACAACACAAUAUUGUUUCAUUUUGCUGGUGUAGCUUUAUUCAGAAGAUCAUCUAUUUCAAAAUGCCAGAUAUUGACAGAAUCUUACUUUUUCAAAUUUACAAAUAUACAACAUAUUCAAAAACAUUUCUAUAAGCAGCGUCAGUGCAAAGAUAUACAUAUAGUACAUCAAAAUUAAAAAAUGUAAUCACUCAAACAAUUGGCGUGAGAGACUUUCGGAAGGCAUUGUCAAAAAAAACGACUCCUUUGAUGUAUGCUAUACGUGUGUGUGUGUGUAUAGAUCUCUUAAACAAUCUAUAUAUCAUAGAUCGUAUAUAUAUCCGAAACGAUCCAUCGUACGUCUCUUAAUCUCUACAUAUCGGAGGUUUGUACACAGGCUGCAUAAAAAAAUAAAUUCUGUGCAAAGUGUGUGUUUGUAAUCUCGAAGGGGUCUAGGCUUCGCUGUCCUCUUUGACGAGGUUUGCCGUGUCUUUGAAAGUGUCUUCUGUUGGGGAGAAGGCGGUGGAACGAUCCUUCUUCUGGGGCUUGACGGGAGGAGCGAACGGGGACGGCUCUGAUGUACUGGCUUCGCCCACACUGCUGUCUGAAGGCCCUUUAUCAUCCUUCAUCUGAAAAACAUUGAAACGUUCAUUUAC